UGUCAUAUCAUAGCACGUGUCAUUUUAAUUGAAUCGAUACAAAACGGACGCCAAAUCAUUACACAAUAUGCGGACGAAGUCUCCGGAGAAAAGAGGUCGGCAAAAAACCUCGGUGCAACAAACUUAUAGGGUUGAGGCCGAAAGGAACCCGGAAACCACACCGCAAUAUUUUCAGAUAUCAGUGAAUGUUUUGGAAGCCCGCAAACUAACAUGGCUGAAUCCAAAUUCUGCAAAUUCUUACGUCAUCGUCGUCCUUGGAAAGAAAAAGCACAGGACGACCAUCAGGCGCAAUAUGGAAGAACCGUAUUACAGAGAGUACUUCAUGUUCGAGUUGUACGUGAGCAUCAGAGACAUACAGCGGUCGAGUAUCUGGCUGGCUGUGAUGGAACCCAGGUGUUGCGCCCCUCCUCGACUCAUGGGGGAAGCCAGCAUCGACCUCGGAGCUAUAUGGUCACAACCACAUCAUCAAGUUUUCCAUAAAUGGGCACAACUGAGCUUGCCCCGGAACCCGUCUGCUGGAGCCGUGGGUUUCCUGAAGGUGGAUAUAUCCAUCGUUUUUCGGGGAGAUAUUCAAGUAAUGCCUGUUGUUGUACACGAGGACAGAGUAGAAGACAAUCUUUUGUUACCGACUGGUGCCGAACAACAACCGGCUAAUUACAUCAUCACCGUAUACGGAGCGUUUGGUCUGCCAAACGGGGCGCAUGGUCAGGGAGACCGACGUUUUGGAAAAUUACCGAGUACUUUCGUCAGGGUGUCUUUUUGCGGCCUUUCGGCAAAAACUGCAGUUCAAGCUCGUAACAAUCACCCAGUCUAUUGUGAGCAGAUAUCCAUUGUGGAGAUGUUCCCGACAAUGAGUGAGAUGAUUCGGCUGGAGGUGUGUUCUGGAGACGGCUGCUUCAACAGAGUGCUGGGCAGCGCUCAUUUGAAGCUAGGCCAGGUGUCACAUGAUGGAGAAAAUGGUUUUCUACCAACAUUCGGGCCUUCUCUUCUUCACAUGUAUGGAGCAACGACCUCUGGUACAUUAGCAGCCUCGGGAGAUGAUGGUCCCUAUCACCGAGGAGCGAUGCUUGUGUCUUUGAGGACGCUUGUGCCUUACUACCAGCAGGGACUUCGCAGCACCAGCGUCGAACCAGUAUCACCUUUGCAACCGGAAAAUUUAUGGCUCAUGGAAGACUUCUGCAUGUUCUGCCCGAUUCUGGAAGUUUCCAUGCUGGAUCGACGCGUUUCUGGAAAACUUUGUGGCAUUGCUAUCACUGUAGGAGAACUACCUACCGAUGAUCAAGGAGAUGAGGAGUUUGUUGCUAUGAUGUCUGAGAUAAAACAACGGAAACUAUACUACACUGGUUCAAUGGAUGUGUUGAAAACUCGUCCUGUACAUGGCUACCUCGACUUCGAGAACACGUUCCCCGUUCUUCAGCUGGCCAUGAGAUUACCAGACUUCAGAUUUAGGAUGUACAGAAACAAUAUGGUUCACGGCAUCGUUACUGAUUUGGAACAAGCACUAACAGAAGUGGAGCGGCGUCUCAAAAACUCUGAGUUUGAUUCGUUAAGAGAGCUAACAGAAGACCUCAGUAAGGCGGUAGAUGAUGCCGCUGGCAAUAUCCUCAAGUUUCUGGACAUUAUACAGUACUCCGGUCCUGGUAGUAGUACCGAUAACACUAUGAUGAAGUACAGCACUGAACUAGAUAAUAAACAGCUGGCUUUGCAGAAGGAAGAAAUUGAAAAAAUCUACCAGCAAAUAACUAAAAGAACACAGAGGGGUUCUUCAUUGAGCUUCAUACAAAGCCUGUCUAGGACGGAUUCUAUCAACAGCACAAAGAGAGACGUCAAGUUUAUGUUAGCGGAUAUUAGACAAAUUGCUGAGAAUCUGAAAGGUUUAAUUUACAAGACGUCAGAAGGGUGGCCUGAUAUAGUAGUGUGGCUUCUUAACGGCGGGUCAAGAGUAGCCUUCUAUAAGAUGUCAAUAGCUGAUAUAGUAUACUCUGUGAUCCCUGAACAGAAUGGAAGCCAUUGUGGACGGAUACAAAACAUUUACUUGAGGCCAUUAAAAUGUCCGAAGCAUAUGAACACGAUGGCUACGGGGUGUUGCUGCAUCGCUGGAAAGGUGGAACUCAUCUUAUGGAUGGGCUUGUAUCGACAAAUCCAUGCAUUCGAGGGCUGCCUACCGAAAGGCUACAAGCUAAAAGUUAAAGACUUUGAUAUGUGCCUCAAGACUUCCACAAUGAUGCUGGAAUGCCGUGUUUUCGUAUAUAGAGCAAAAUUGAAUACAAGUGUAGAUAGAAGUAACCAUGCACACCCCUUUGUUAGGAUAAAUACUUUAAAUUCUGUUAAAGAAACUAAGGUCCAGCAGAAGACUCUUACGCCAAUUUGGAACCAAGUAUUGAAGAUACAUAAGCUUGUAUCUGCAACCCACGACAGAAUACAAAACAGUCCGCCAUUAGUGAUGGUUGAGGUACUUGACAGCGAUCAGUUGGGUAAAAGUGAACUAAUAGGGCGGUUACAAGUUCAGCCUGUUGUGGAUGAAAGGCAAGACUACCUGUAUGCUCCCAAAUUGCAGUGGUAUGAUCUCUUCAAGGGAGCGGAGUACAGCGGCCAAAUCCUGAUGUCAGUGCAGCUUUGCCAGAUCCCAGAAACAUUAAUGAAAAACACAGUGUAUAGUCCAGUUGAAGAAACAUACGUGGCUACUGCAGUCAAGAUACCAGAAACAGAAAGUGAUGAACCAGAACCUUUACCACCUAAUCUGAUUCCUAAGGCUACCACAUACAAAGUAGACAUCUAUUGGUGGGGGUUACGUGACGUCACAACUACAAGGAAACCGUGUGUUGUUCUUGAAAUAGAUGAACUGACGAUAAAGUCUGAUGUUGUAUGUGACAAGAAGUCCAACUGCAACUUUCCCAAUGGACGGUCCUCACAGACUUUUCAAGCUCCUUUGAACGAGGUGUACUGUCCACCAUUGAGCAUCAGAUUAUAUGACAGUAGCACCUUCGGGAGAACAUUAUUCUUAGGGACAAAUAUUGUGAAAAAUCCAAAUAAGUACAUAGUAACCUGGCUACCCCAAGGUGAAAGAGAUGCGUCGUUAAAAAGUGUGUCUAUAACAGCUUCUAGUUUUUUUCAAGUAAGUCAAAUACUUUACAUAAAGAAAAGUUCUUUACCUUCGUCUGUGGACUUGGGCAGUAAAUUGUCAUUGCAAAGUAUCCACGAAACAAAGAGAUCUCGAUGGAAACGAGUAUUUUGUAGCAAAGAAGUAGACGAAGAAGAAUACGUUCUCCUGCCAAUGUUUUCCAAAGAAAAUAACCAGUCGAAAUUACUAAAGAAUAUUUCUUCUGAAAAUCCUGAUCAUAAGGAUUGGUGGAUGAGAUAUUACGCUACGAUGGAGGACAAUAUGGAUGACACACAAAUAACUGAUAAAAUUGUUAUGUACGGAGGAGAGUUAGAGGCUCAGCCGGAGUUUGGCAAGUUCAAGGACUGGUGUACAACCCUAAAGCUUUACAACGGCAAAAAAACGGGUAUACCUGAGAAGGAUGAUCAGUUGUACUGCGGAUUCUUGAAGGCCGGUAUCGCCAUUUAUAGGUGGCCACCACCCCCCGAUACGGUCGCAGUCAGUUACAAUGGAGUUGAUUUAAGCAAUGGUUAUUUUACGGACUAUCCAACUAACGAGCCGUCGAAGUUUCUAGUACGAGUAUACGUUGUCAAAGGUGUAAACUUAGUAGCAAAAGCGUUCUCUGGUAAACUGGACCCUUAUGUAGCCAUCAGCUGUGGCAGCAAGCAUUUAGGAGAUAGAAAAAAUCACGUAAAAAAUACUUUGAACCCUAUUUUUGGAAAAAUGUAUGAAUUUCGAUGCACCUUACCUGAUGACUACCUGCUGACUGUAUCCUUAUAUGACUACGAUGCUGUACCACCAGAUGAGCUGAUAGGUUCUACUACCAUUGACUUAGAAGACAGGAUAUACUCCAAACAUCGGGCUAGGGUUGGCUUAUCUUCUGAAUAUAAUGUGAUUGGACCAAAUAAAUGGCGAGACUGUCAAAAGCCCUCUGUAAUACUUGAAGAUCUUUGUGCAAAGAACCAUUUGGCUCCUCCGAUAUUUCCUGACAACGCUACGGUGGUCGUCAACGGUGUAGAGUACAGAGACAAUGACAAUGGGAGAACCUUUCGAACAGCAUCAGAUCGCAGAGAGAACAUUUGUCUAAGUUUACUGCACAGUUGGCACACACUGCCCAUUUGUGGAUACCGAUUAGUGCCCGAACAUGUGGAAUGUCGGUCUCUGAUAAACUCAGCCAAAAAUGGAUUAGAACAGGGUAAACUGCAAAUGUGGGUUGACAUUUUUCCUCUAGACGCGGACAUGUACAUACCGCCGGGUGUGGACAUCACUCCUCGUAAACUGGAGGAGUAUGAACUUCGCGUCAUUAUAUGGGACGUGCAGGGACUUAGGCUGGAUGACCACGGAAAAAAAGUAUCCGAUAUCUACGUUAGAGCCUGGAUAGAUACCAUAGAACAGGCUCAGUACACUGAUGUUCACUACAGCAGUUCAUCAGGAGAAGGAAGUUUCAACUGGCGUAUGAUAUUUCAUUUCCAGUAUCACCACGCGGAGAAAAAGUUGGUGAGAAAAGAGAAGGGGCCGUUUACAGAAGUAGAGGAACACAUGACACCAAUAUUUGUAGUACAAGUUUUAGACAGCGACGCUUUAUCACAAGAUGAUUUCUUGGCAUCAGUAUCCUUCAAUUUGAACUCAAUGUCGAAGGGCAUGAAGCAACCUAACAAGUGCAUAAUGGAGGAAUGGGACAAAAAUAAAAAGAUUAAUCUGUUUACGGCCACAACAGUCCGAGGAUGGUGGCCUCUCGUGUACACCAAUCGUAACACUGGCAUGACUAUAGCCGCUGGAUCGAUAGACUUAGAGCUGACUUUGUUGCCGAGGGAUAGAGCAGUGUUGAUGCCGGUGGGACUUGGAAGGGAGCCGCCAGCACCAUUACCGGAGCCAACACGAUCGGAAUCGUCAGGACGUCCACUGGAUUUCGUUAAAAGUUUGAAGUUUGGUAAUUGGAAAAAAGAACAUAAAGUGGCUGCGGGUACUGCGGCUGCUAUCACCUUCGUCGCAGUUUUGGGUUACCUACAAGUACCAAUGCUGUUAUUUGACUUAAUGACAUAAGUUGCUCCGAGUCGUCGUGGUAUCUUCUCAAACGUGUGCAGGAAACCUACACAAGCCUCUUUUGUUCACAAUAUUUAGUAUGAAAAAGUUUUGUAAGCAAUAUACAUAAGUUUCAAGAUAUAAAUAGGUACAAUUUUACAAUAAUAUUUAGAAGUCCGUUUAAUUGUAAAACCAAAAUGUUUUAAAC